UUCUUCCAGCCUCGCCCCGCCACUCCCUCCGCCUUCCCCACCGCCUGCCUGCCUCUGCUGGUCUCUCCCCCCCUGGUGCCUGCUGCCUGCCCCUCACCCUCUUUCCCUGGCGGCCCUUCCAUUCCUCCCCGCCCUCUCGUGACUCUGACUCCUCUACCUCCACCACCACCACCAGCAGCAGCAGCCGCAGCAGCAGUGACAGUGAGGGUGAGAGGGACAGUGGGGAGGGUGAUGGUGACGUGGGUGGCGAUGGCAGUGGUGGUGCCACAUCAAAACAGCGGCAGAAGCUGAAAAAGAGGCAGAGGAGGGCGAAAGUCGAUAGGGUGAGAAGUAGGGGAGGGGAGGAUGGAUGGGACUCACGGCUAGCAGCUCUGGGAGGAGUGCGGCUGGGCAUGGCAGCAGGUGCAUGCAGGGAGGCGAGUCAAGACGGGCCAGCAUCAGCAGCGAGUGGAGGCCAGCAGUGCCCCUUACUGUGGUCUGCCCCUGUGCCUCUCGCCCGCUAUGCCGUCUCGCAGCGCGUGCUCCUCCCCGACCCCUCAGGCACCUGCCAUGCCGCCCUGCUCACCACCUCACUCCUGCCCGCCGCCGGCCAAUUAGGGGCUGCCACGUGGCAGCCGCACAUGGUGGUGCAUGUGGAUCCACAGCCGCCGUGGCGUGUGGAGAAUGAGACGGGCGUGUGCGUGGACGUGAGGGGGGUCGGGGAUGAGAGCAGCGGCUUCAUUGCGAGAGUGGGCCCGGCGCGCUCCCUCGGCUUCCAAGCCCCCGUGCCUCUCCGUUCAUCCUCUUCUGCUGCUGCUAGUGGUGGUGGUGGUGGUGGUGGUGGUGGUGGUGGUGGUGGUGGUGGUGGUGGUGGUGAUGCCAACCACCGUGGCGCCACUGGUGUGAGCCGCGGUGAUGGCAGUGGAACCGGGUGCAGCGAGGAGGGGCAUGGCGCCUGUGAGUGGAUGCAUGCGGCUGUGAUGGGCGGGAUGGUCAUUAAGAAGCGCAAGUGGCAUGACCGCUCGCACCACCAUCACAGGCAUAGGCAUGGGCAUGGGAAUGGGCAUGGAGAUGGUGCAUUGAAUCUGGACGAGGAGACAGACGAUGCUCUCAUGGCUCACAUGCAACGCGUGUCAGCGGAUGGGCAAUCGGCAGGGGGAAGAAGAGGAGGAGGAGGUGCAGCAGCAGCGGCACCACAUGCUACGCCAGCAUCAGCAUCCGCAGCAGGUGCAGCCAUAUGCAUUCGGGCAGCAGGGGCACAUGAGUGGAGCGGCCCCAUUGCAGUGGGUGAAGGGCAGGGGGCAGAGGAGGGCGAGGCAGAGCUGCUGCUGCAUGCAGCAUGUGGGCCAUGUGGGCCAUGUGGGGCUGCCGCCAGUGGUGCAGUGGAGGGUGGGGGGCACAUGCUGCUGCUGCACGUGCGUGUGUGGAGGGAGGGCGCCACAGCAGUGUGCCGCAUAGCCGAUGCCGCCACUCGCCCCUCCAGCCCCCUCGCUCUUUCCUUGCCCGGCCACCCCGUGCCCCCCGCCAUGGCGCCUCUGCCCCCUGCUGCUCUGCACGUGGGUCUUCAGCAAGAGCUCAGAUACAGGAAGGACAUGCAGCAGCAGCAGCAGCAACAACAACAGCAUUCGUUAGCUCCCAGCGAGUCGCAACCGGUGCACUUCAUCUCGCGAACUCACUCCCCAUCUCACCUAUUCCACUCACCCUCCUCCCCACCUCCCCUCCCAUCACCAGCUCUCCCCUCCUCCCCUUCCACCCCCCGCACUCCCCCCACCCCACACCCCACCGCCUACCUCCUCCUGCGCUCGCACUCCCUCUCCCUCGCCCUGCCCUCGCUCCACCUCGUCCUCUGGGACGACCUGCACCGCCCACCCACCCCCCCCUCACACCUCCCCGGGAACAAGACAAAGGACGCCAGUGGCAGUAGCUCCAGCAGCUCUCUGGCACGUGACAAUAACGAGGGGGGCAGUCUGUUCUGCGACGCCUCAGCCAUCUGCCUCGUCACCCUCUCCUCCCUGCAUGCUUCGCUUGCCCUCCUCCCGCCACGCUCCCUGUCACUGCAUGGCAUCGCGGCCCGCCACGCCGCAGCUACUGACAACAUGGCGCGCGGCACGCACUCGCAUGACCGCCGUAGUCUCGACACAGCACCACCGCCAGCAGAACCAGUGGGGGUGGUGUAUGUGGUGCAGUGCGGUGUGGGGUCAGUUGAAGUGCACAACCUCUUGCCCGGUGCCGUCCUCCCUCUCCUCCUUGCCAUCCGGCCUGCGUGUGGGAGCAGGAAGGCGCACAUGGCAGCAAAUGGGGGGAAGGGUGCGGCAGGAAAGGAGAGGCGGGGAAUGCAGAAAGGAAAGACAGCAGGAGAGAUGGGUAAGGCAGCAGGAGAGAUGGGUAAGGCAGCAGCAGAGGGUGGGAGGAGGAGGAGGGAGCGGUCAUGGCAAAGUGGCGAGCAGGCAGUUGGCGUGGAGAUAGUGGUGUCGCAGCACCCUCCACAGCACCGCUCACAGCACCCCUCACAGCACCCCUCACCGUAUUUCAUGGGAGGGUGGAGGAGGGGAGGCAGGGUGGUGGAAGGGGUGCACAGCACAGGAGGAGGAGGAGGAGAAGCGCAGAGUUGGGAGGAUGCAUCAGCAGCAGGCGGGCACGAGCAACCUCCCCAGUCGCCACUGUUUGUGACGAGCGUGGAGUCGGUGCACAUCAGCGUGGCCCACAUGGACGCAUGCGCCGACGACUUCCUUCUUGCCGCUCUCACACACUAUGCCCCAAUAGCCUUGGCCGUCAUCCAGAGAAGUAGCCAAUCAGAUGGUGACACGUGGCAGUCGCAGAUGCAAAGAUCCGAGUGUGAGAGGCAAUCGGGUGUGUGUGAGGCAGGUGUGCCUUGUGCUUCCUCUCCACCCCAUCUCCUCCCCCAUAUUCCCUCUGUCCUCCCCCCCUCCCUGCCAUCGUCAGACGCGUCCAUCAUCCGCCUCCUCGCCCCUCACCUCCUCCUCUCCGCCCCUCCCCUCCGCCUCCCCGACGUGGCCCUGGCCACGUCGCCCGCGCUCUACCUUGGCCGCUGCCGCAUCUCCCCCCUCACUCUCUCCCUCACCCUCCGCAUCUCCUCCCCUCUCCCCCUCGACACCACUGCCACGCCUCUCUCCCUCGCGCCCUUCCACUUGCCUGCGCUGUUCUCCCCGCCCGCCGCGCUCGUGCGUGCCCUCCUGGCGCACUACAUCACGGAGGUGCUGCUCUGUGCGCCGCGCGUGCUGGCGUCGCACCACCUGCUGCUCAACCCGCUGGGGCUGCUGCACAGCAUGCGCUGCGCGCUGCGCGACCUGCUCCUGCUGCCCAUCCAGGGCUCCAUCCAAGGGGGCACACAUGGGCUGCUGUUGGGCGUGGGGCGGGGCGGCCUGUCUGCGUGGCGGCACGUGUCCCGGUGGACCGUUUCGUCCGUCUCUGGCUUCUCGUCCAGUGUGGGGAGGAUUGUGAGGCGGGCGUACCUUGGAGGUGGGGGGGUGGAGGGGCGAGGGGGAAGCAGAGGGCCGCUAGGAGAAGCGGGCCACAGCAGCGGUACUAGCGUGGGUAGCAGCAGCAGAGGUGGCGCUGUGGCAGGUGGUGGAGCGGCUGCUGGAGGCAGCAGCGGGGGAAGCAGAGGAGGCGGUGGAGUGGCUGGCGGCGUGGGUGUGGCUGUUGGGCACCGACGACUGCUGCUCUCACUGGCUCACAGGCCACGCCUUCCCCAGCACUACCACCAUCAUUCACACCAUCGGCAGCAGCAGCAGCAGCCAAGGCAAAGAGGUCAUGGUGAAGGGAUCCUUCCCUCACCCCACGCACUCACCUCCUAUACUACUGAGUCAUUUGAUUCUGUGCACAGUUCUGAGGGCCUUCCCUCUGGCAAUGCCGCCACAGGAAAUUAUGCAGCAGGAGAUGAAGGGGCGAGAGGGUGUUGUCCAGCUGAGACGGGGGAAGGUGGUGGGCACACACCUGCCACUGCCAUCAGGGGCACAUCCAGUGAGCGAGGCACACGGAACAGCAGGGGUGGCGGUGGUGGUGGCGGGGAGGGGAGAGGCAGGGAGGGCGAGGGGAGGCGGGUGUCGCUGCUGUGGCAGCUGCAGCAGAGGGGAGUGCGGUGCGCUGCCAGCCACUUCAUGCCUCCCCUGUACCUCGCCCACGUGGACGCCAGCACAGCCGUCAUCACCACCACCAGCGUCGACGUCCCCCCUCUGCUGCUCUGCCGCCCAGUGCUGCUCCUCUCUGCCACCCACCUCCUCGCCGUGGACCAAUCAGGGCUCGGGAUGGCUGCGUGCCUGCCGCUGUGUGGGCUGGAGGUGAGUGUGGAGCGGGGAGACGAGGGGAGAGGGGAGGAACUGCAAGGGGAGGGGAGGGGAGGGGAGGUGGAGGAGGAAGGGAGUGUGGAGGGGGGCGAGGAGGAUUGGUCACUGACUUGCUUCUGUGCCGGGGGCGGGCAGCUGUGCGGCAGUGUGAGGGAGUGGUGGGAGACACUGCAAUGCGAAUGGCAGGAGGGAGAUUGCCAUGGUGGCUUGGCCAGGAGAGGUGCAGGUGAAAGGAGAGGGAGCGAUGAGGGUGGCGGCGUGGCAGACGAUGUGGCAGAUAUGAGAGGCAGUGGAGGGGAGUCGGUGGGGCUGAGAGAAGCAGCAGUGCAAGGGGGAGAAGCUGACGGGACGAUGGGGCUUCAGGUUUACUGCCAGCUGGGAGAAGCAGCUCACAUCCAACUGGUGGCCCUGCUGCUACGCCAGAUGGCUCGCUCCUCUCUCUGAUUACAAACAUCACGUGUGUGUCGCAGUGCUGACAUACGGUAGCUAUUAAUGUAAGAGCGCCCAUUUUCAUUAGAAAGUUCAGUUGAAGCAGAAGCUCAGUAGACCCGAAUCUCAACCAGGUAUGGGCACACAUUGACCUUAUAUCUCAUAACAACGCAACGAGUAGAAUGAGGGCAUACAGGGGUUCAUAUGGUUGGGUGUUGUACUCUCUAUGAGCAUGCACCUAUCUAACCUAUCAACAUAUACAAAUAUAU